AUGCCACCAUGGAUGCGAUCGAGCUUGAGUCUGAUCAGGUCCAUUCGUUUUGGUCACGCACUCCUCGGUAGAAUGCGAGUGCCCGUCAUUUCGAACCUCCAUCGUUGCUUUGUCUCCCGGACUUGGAUCGGUCUCGGACAAAUCUACGGCGGGUUUGCUACCAACCAAGUCUCCUCUGCUCUUGUCAUCAGAUGUCCGAACCUCAUUCCUGGAUACGCAACCAGCCAUCUGUCUACACACUCUGCAGCCACUUCUCGAAGCCCCAUCCUGCCGACGGAAAAGGAAGUAUGA